AAAGGAGUCCGGGAAAGUUCAUUUGUGCCGGGAGAUCAGAAUGGCCAAGCGCGAGCUAUCCAGUACUUUAAAAAACUUGAAGAUUCUUAUGGUAGACAACGUACUCCAAGAUAGUCUUUUUAUUGGAAUUUGAGCUUAGUACAAAAACAAAAGGAAUGGAAAUAGGAUUUCAGAAGAUGCACUCGGUGGAAUUUGUAUUGUUUAUGCAAAGAGUAUCAGACAACAGAGAGGAAAAAGCCAAGGAAGCUGAAGAUGACAUGCCUGCUAUACCUUCUUUAAGUGCGCGCAAAAGAUGCAUCAUCACACUGGCUAAAAGUAUCAUAGCAUUGUACUAUCUAUCUAGUCUUCCGCUCGGGAUGCCUGAUGGUAACAUUACUUCUUCAAUUGCGCCCAAAAGAUGGCAAUUCUUUCUUCUGCAUAUACAUAGAUCGAUAUUUGAUCUUACUUUGAAGCGUAAACAAUAUAGUGUCAAAGUAUCAUAGUGUUUGAUUGUGUCUAUCUAGUCUUCCCCUUUGAGAUUCUAUUGGCAUCAAACUCUUUUUCAGUUUUCACCAUUUAAGUAUUCUAUUUCUCAGUUUAGGAGUAGUGGAUUGGGGGUUUCAACUGGUCAUUGGGAUUGUUGGCAGAUUGAGGGAUUGCUUUAGACAGAAAUUCUAUUAUUGGGGCUCUAAUUAAUGAGUAUUUUUUAGCUUGGCUUCUUAGUUCUUAUUUGAAUGUGUUGUAUAACAUGGGAACUAGUAGAUUGGACAAUUUGUUUAAUGUUUAUGUGUACUGCAAUAUGCAAUGCUAUAAAGAAUUAAAAACAUUUCAUGGAGUCUGUCCUGUGCACUCUAUCCCACAAUGAGGAAGUCGCGCUAUUCUUUUGGAAGCAGUACAUGGUAUUUAGAUCUUGAUGGGCAUAUCAAUAUAAAAAUUAUAUCCCUUAAGUAAUACAGUUCCCAGGCUUUUUCUCUUGGUUCCGAUUGUUUCAAUUCCAUUUUUUUUUGUUCAUAUGAAACUCUCAUGUCUUUCCUAUUCCAGUGUGGUUAUUAUGGAAGGUGAUCCUCAUCCUGGGGCAAGAAAGGGCCGGAUGUCAUUCCAAAAUUUUAACCCUGUUAUUGAUAGAAAUGGGUUUAAGUCGAGAUGCUCCUGAGAAUUCAUCAAAUUUUAACAACACAAGCACAUACAGGAGAUUACAAGAGGAAACAAGAAGCCACUGUUUCUGAUGUCCAUUUUCCGAACAAAACACAUAAAAAUGUGCAUGUUUAUGAGGGGCCAUUUUCCAGUGGCAACAACAAGUACGAGAAGCAACGAAAGUGUGAAAACUUGGAUUUGAGUGUUCUUAGGCCACCAAAGCAUCAAAAUAAAAAAGGCUAAUUCUAUUUGUUCUUGGGAAGUUUUCCCUUGACAUGCUUCUUUAUUAACCAAUUAUCAGUGCUAGACUGCUAGUGUGUUGGUAGUGCUAUAACUCUAAAACAUGUGGUGUCGUGUUGACUGUCCUCUUUUUGCUAUUUUUCCUUCACUUCAUUUGUCUUUUUCUUUUUUUGAAGCUUGAUGCUCUGCAUGCAACUUCUUCUAACCAUCAUCAGUUAUGGGGUCAUACCUUACAUCAAGGAUCAUAUUCAUAAUAUGAUUUCUUGACCGAUUAUGAUUUAUUUGGUACCAUGGUUGCUUCUGAUCUACU